AUGUCGCAGCUGUACGUGAUGAUGUCGCUCAAACUCCAUCCACCUCAAUUCGACACCGAGCUCAGCAAAUUAGUGUCUCGAAAUCCACUAUGCAGCGAAUUGGUAUUGGCUCUUAAUGAAAGCUCUUCAUUCCGAAACUGUACAAGUUCCGAGAUCCCUACUAGUGGUGGGCUUUGGAGCAUUUGUGAAAAUAUUAUUAAAGCGGCCGAGGAGGAUGAGCCCCUAUCCACUCUGAGCUGUAAUGAUCUCAAAGAGGAAGUCGAGAAAUACCUGUGGUCUCCUAAUAUAUCGAGAGACGCAGAUCCGUUUGUUUUCUGGCACAAUGACAUAUUAUACCCAAACUUGAAAAAACUGGCGCAGAAGUAG